AGCCCUCCGAUUGCUCACUCCGUCACGUCCCGCGGGUCAGAGCGCAUCUACACGUACGCCCGGCCUCCUCUUCAAGUGACGCGAGUAUAACUAGCCACCCAUAGCGUGGACGCGGAAACUUUCCAAGGUGCGCAACGGCCUCUGCCCCGAUCCCGGAGCAGAGCAACAGAUAGAACCCUUCCUUCCUCUCCCGAGAUCGAUCGACGCCGGUAAGAUGCUGCCGUACGCGACGGCCGGCGAGGCGGAGGCGGCGCUCGGCCGCGCCCUGACGUGGGCGGAGGCCGCGUGGCUCCGCUACUCGGCGUCGGUGCCGGACCGCUACCUUCACUGGCCCAACAUCGCCAUCACAUUGGUCGUCUACACGCUGGCGCCGCUGCCCCUCGCCCUCUUCGACCUCGCCGCGCCGGCCGCCGCCGCACCGUACAAGCUGCAGCCCAAGGUGCAGCACCCGCCGGCCACCUUCUUCCGCUGCUACAUGGACGCCGUUCGGGUCUCGCUGCUCAUCAUCGGACCAUACCAACUCAUCUCGUAUCCUGCCGCCAAGAUAAUGGACAUACGGACGGGACUUCCAUUGCCGUCAAUGGGGGAGAUAGCGGCACAACUGACGGUAUACUUCUUGGUGGAAGACUAUCUGAACUACUGGCUCCAUCGGCUGUUGCACACAAAAUGGGGCUACGAAAAGAUCCACCAUGUUCACCAUGAGUUCACGGCACCUAUGGCGUAUGCCGCAUGGUAUGGACACUGGGCUGAGAUGCUCAUCCUUGCCGUGCCCUCCUUGGCUGGCCCUGCUCUCGUCCCAUGCCAUGUUACCACGCUGUGGAUUUGGUUUGCUGCACGUUUGGUUGAGAGCCUCAACAUACAUAGCGGAUUUAAGUUGCCAUUCAACGCUGAGAAGUAUAUACCGUUCUAUGGAGGGGCGGAGCACCAUGACUACCAUCACUACAUAGGAGGACAGAGCAAGAGCAACUUCGCUCCUGUUUUCACCUACUGUGAUUAUAUUUAUGGAACGGACAAGGGCUACAGAUAUCACAAGGCAACUCUGGCAAAGCUGAAGGAGUUGGCAGGCAGCGACGUUCAGAAAGGAGUCGACAAUGGAUUCAACAAUGGAAAGCAGGACUAGAGAGAGGUUGGCUUCAGAGGACUCAUGGUCAUACAAAUCCUAUCACUAAUUCAAGUGGUCUCCGGAUAUAUAUCCCCAUGAUGGAGUACACUAGCAUAAAUAAUUGUUCUAUGCCAAUCAUCAACGUUGAGUGGCUCGUGAACCACCGGCAGAGUCGUUCCAAGUGUUAAUUAUUUCCAGUUCUCCAUUCGUACACAUAGCUCCACUACUUCUCUAUUAUCGAAUGUAAUAAUGAUGCUUAGUUCGUGAUAUGCUUGAAAGUGUGCUUCUUUGCAUACUACGUGACAUGUCUCUAGCAAGCAGGCAUGUGGGAACCGUCAAAUAUGGAGACAAUAGUCGAGAGCAUUUGCGUUUGUACUUCCAAUAUCAGAUGUUGUACAUAAUUGGACAAUCUAUCUUUUUCCCUAUAUUUACGAUAUAUGUUGUCUUUCGGUGAUCA